GUCUGCUCUGGUGCUCUGACAGCCAUGAGGUCCUCCAUGUCUCGGCAAACCUAUGCCACCAAAGGAGGCUUCAGCUCUAAUUCAGCAAGUGGAGGGAGUGGCUGUAGGACCCACACCAGCUUCAGCUCGGUGACCAUGUCCCGGAGCGGUGGCACUGGUAGUGGGGUCCAUCGUGGUCCCAGCACAGGUGGUUUUGGCAGCCGUAGCCUCUAUAAUUUGGGGGGCAGCAAGAGCAUCUCAGUCAGUGUGGCCUCUUCAGGCAGGGCUCUGGGAGGCUUUGGCCACAGCAGUGGGGCUUACGGAAGCCUGGGUGCUGGAAGGCAGACAUUUGGUCCCGUCUGUCCUCCUGGUGGGAUCCAGGAAGUCACCAUCAACCAGAAUCUGCUGACCCCUCUCAAUGUGGAGAUAGACCCAGAGAUUCAGCGGGUACGCACCCAGGAGCGGGAGCAGAUCAAGAUCCUCAACAACAAGUUCGCCUCCUUCAUCGACAAGGUGCGCUUCCUGGAGCAGCAGAACAAGGUGCUGGAGACCAAGUGGGCAUUGCUGCAGGAGGAGGGUCAGAACAUGGGGGUCACGAAACUCAACCCUGAGCCUCUCUUUGAGGGCUACCUGAACAACUUGCGGAGGAUACUGGACAGGCACUUGGAUGAGAGGGGGAGGCUGGACACGGAGCUGAGGAAUGUGCAAGAUGGCCUUGAGGACUUCAAGAACAAGUAUGAGGAUGAAAUCAACAAGCGUACUGCUCUGGAGAAUGAGUUCGUGGUGCUCAAGAAGGAUGUGGAUGCUGCAUACAUGGCCAAAAUGGAUCUUCAAGGCAGAGUGGAUGCCUUGGUGCAGGAGAUUGACUUCUUGCAGCAGUUCUAUGAAAUGGAGCGGAGCCAGGCGCAGACCCAUGUGUCUGACACCAAUGUCAUCUUAUCCAUGGACAACAACCGCAACCUGGACUUGGACAGCAUCAUUGCUGAGGUCAAGGCCCAGUAUGAGCUGAUUGCCCAGAGGAGCCGGGCUGAGGCUGAGGCCUGGUACCAGACUAAGUAUGAGGAGCUGCAGGUGACAGCUGGGAAGCAUGGAGACAACCUUCGGGACACCAAGAAUGAGAUUGCUGAGCUCACUCGCACUAUCCAGAGGCUUCAGAGUGAGGUGGAUUCAGCCAAGAAGCAGUGUCAGCAGCUGCAGGCAGCCAUCGCGGAAGCAGAGGAGAGAGGAGAACUUGCACUCAAGGAUGCUAAGAAGAAGCUUGGGGAUCUGGAUGCAGCCCUGCACCAGGCUAAGGAGGACCUGGCCCGACUGCUGCGUGACUACCAGGACCUUAUGAAUGUCAAGCUGGCCCUGGAUGUGGAGAUCGCCACCUACCGCAAGCUGCUGGAGAGCGAGGAGAGCAGGAUGUCUGGAGACUGUCCCAGUGCAGUCAGCAUUUCUGUGACUGGCAACUCCACCACUGUGCGCGGAGGUGGCUCGGCUGGCUUUGGGGGUGGCAUCUCCCUGGGUGGCGGUGGUGGAGUCAGCAAGGGUGGAUUCAGUACCAGUGUGGGCUUCAGCACUGUCAAGGGAGGGCCUGUCUCUGGGGGGACCUCCAUCCUGCGAAAGACCACCACGGUGAAGACUUCCAGUCGGAGGUACUAGCCCCUGAGUCUCGCCAGCUGGGGGCCCUCUUCCUGUCCCACUCACCCACUUCUGCUGCCCCUCCCCAUGCACCUUCUUACGAGCAGCCCAAGGGACCACAGAUUCAGGGUGUUUCAUACCACACUCUGCACACAAUUCUCAUUUGACGAAGGGUGUGAAUCUACCCAGGUUUUCUCCUUGGUUGUGGGGUGGGAUGAGAAGGGAGCUUAGGGUCACCUGCUUGAGUGAUGUGUGUGGGUGAUUUGGGGUAACCUUCUGGCCAUUGGGAGAAGGCUGGACCUUGCAGGCUACCUUGGCUUCCCUCACAGCCUCUGCCCAUCUGCUCUGGGUCCAGGACAGGCUGGGCAAGGAGAGGAGGAAGUUGGAAGUAGUCCCAGAAGACUCUCCAACCUUCUCCAUCUCUCACCAGACUAGACUCGUCCCUUCUCUGAGCCCACCCACAUCUCUGUAGCCUGCCUGUGCCUGUGAUGUGUCUCAAUAAACAGCAACUGCUCCUG